AUGUCGUUCUUCAAGAAACUUAAAGAUGAACUGAAGGAGAUGCUGAACGACGACGACGACAAGGACAAACAGAAGCAACAGGGCGGACACGGAGGACCACCUGAAUCAGCCGCUCCGCCAGGCCAAUACCAGCAGCAGCGCGAUUUCAGCCAGGCACCCAACCAAUAUCCUCCAAACCAGCCAGGUCCGCCGGGACAGUACUCGUAUAACGCACCGCCGCCGCCCAACGCAGGAUAUCCGCCGCCGCAGAACCCUCCUCUGCCACCGGGCUGGAUCAGCCAAUUCGACCACAGCAGCCAACGCUGGUACUACGUCUAUCAGCCGACCGGUCAGACACAGUGGGAACUCCCAGGACCUGCCCCAGGUGUGCCGCCUUCGGCUCCUGCUCCCGGGUUCCAACAAUCAUACGGUCAAGCCAUGCCAUCCGUGCCGUACAUGCAGGGACACAACGAGCAUUCGAGAGAAUACUAUGCCGGUUCUGCACAGCCAGCAAAGAAAGGCUCGGGGAUGGGCGGUAUGGUCGCCGCAGGCCUGGGUGGCGCCGCGGUUGGUGCUCUCGUUGGACAUGCGCUGGGCGACUCGGACAGUGAUAACGAAGGACACGCGGCCGCCACUGGGUACGGAGCAGCAGCCCCGGCGGGAUACGGCGCUCCGCCGGGCCCGCCACCGCCAGCGGCAGAGCCACCACUUGAGUUCAACCCAGAACUUUCGUCGAGUCAACGGUCGUCGUUGCAAGAGGCACGGGAAGACCUUGAGGAGGCGAGGGCUGAAGUUGCCGAGGAUUCAAGUCCGAGCAGCAGCGACAUUGAGGACCUCAGGGAGGCGGAGGAGGAAUACGCAAGCGAAGUCGAGAGCGCGCACGAGGAGCUCGAGGACUGA